CAAACCAAAAAAAAAAAAAAAUCGCAUCGAUGCCAUGUUUUUUGGCAAGAGUUUCAGCUACUGCAUUUUCCUUCAGUGUUAAGCCUGCAGGAGAUUUUACAAUACAUAUACGCAAAUGCUUGGAGUGUCACUGUCACCAAGUAAAAUUGCAAAUGUAAACCAAACCCUAAUUAGCCUCCUUGAUAAAUGUAAAUCAGUGCUUGAACUGAAGCAGCUUCAUGCUAUUGUGGUCUCUAAGGGCUUAUCUCAGGAUGAAUCAUAUGUAUCCAAGAUUAUUUUCUUCUCUGCCCUAUCAAAUUCAGGGGACAUUGGUUAUUCCUACAGGGUUUUCUCCCAGUUAUGCAGUCCAUCAAUUCUUUGCUGGAAUACAAUCAUAAGGGGCUACUCAAAUAGCAAAAACCCAAAUGGUUCUUUCUCUGUAUUUCUGAAGAUGCUGAGACUAGGGUUUGCUCCAGAUUACUUAACAUACCCUUUUCUCAUUAAGGCGUCUGCACGCCUUUUAAACCUGGAAGCUGGAGUGUCAGUCCAUUCUCACAUUAUAAAAACUGGGCAUGAGUCUGAUAGGUUUAUCCAGAAUUCUUUGAUACAUAUGUAUGCUUCUUGUGGUAAUAUUAUGUUGGCUCACAAGGUAUUUGAUUGUAUGGAAAGUAAAAAUUUGGUUUCAUGGAAUUCCAUGUUGGAUGGCUAUGCGAAGUGUGGAGAAAUGAUUCUGGCUCGCAAAGUUUUUGAUUCCAUGUCAGAGAAGGAUGUUCGAUCAUGGAGCUCUCUGAUUGAUGGUUAUGUUAAGGCUGGGGAAUAUAGGGAAGCAUUGGCUGUCUUUGAAAAGAUGCGGGCUGUUGGUCCCAAGGCCAAUGAAGUAACUAUGGUGAGUGUAUUGUGUGCUUGUGCACACCUUGGUGCUCUUGAAAAAGGGAGAAUAAUGCACAAUUACGUAGUUGACAAUGGAUUGCCAAUGACGUUGGUCUUGCGGACUUCUCUAGUGGACAUGUAUGCCAAAUGUGGGGCAAUAGACGAGGCUUUUCUUGUAUUCCACGGUGUCUCAAAGAAUAAAACUGAUGUAUUGAUUUGGAAUGCAAUGAUUGGAGGUCUUGCCACACAUGGGUUUGUCCAAGAAUCUCUUAAACUGUUCAAGGAUAUGCAAGUAGUUGGUGUCCUUCCUGAUGAGAUCACAUACCUGUGUUUGUUGGCUGCGUGUGCCCAUGGUGGGUUAGUUAAAGAAGCAUGGUACUUCUUCGAGAGUCUUAGCAAAUGUGGCAUGACACCUACAAGUGAGCACUGUGCUUGCAUGGUGGAUGUGCUGGCGCGUGCUGGUCAAUUAGCCGCUGCAUACCAAUUUAUCUGUCAAAUGCCCAUGCAGCCAACAGCAUCUGUGUUGGGUGCCCUUCUUAGUGGGUGCAUAAACCAUAGAGAUUUUGAUCUUGCAGAAAUAGUUGGCAGGAAGCUUAUUGAGCUGGAACCAUAUCAUGAUGGAAGAUACAUUGGCUUAUCCAAUGCUUAUGCAGUUGAAAAGCGCUGGGAUGAUGCAAGAAGCAUGAGAGAAGCCAUGGAGAGAAGAGGAGUAAAAAAGUCGCCUGGGUUUAGCUCUGUUGAAAUAUCAGGAGUCAUUCAUAGUUUCAUUGCUCAUGAUAAAACACAUCCUAAUUCAGAGGAAACGUAUUCUAUGCUGAAUUUUGUUGUAUAUCAAAUGAAACUUGGCUGCUGCCAAGAUCAAGAAAUUGUGUUGAAUGGUCCAUGAACAAAAGAUGAGUUCCUUUUCUCUUGACUGGAUACUGAAUAGUGUCAGGUUUGGGACAGUUCCUGGAAAUCCAAGUUGGCUGCAAUAAAGAACUCAUGACCCCCCGAAGGUUAGAUGCCACAUCUAGUAUCUGGAGUAGUUUCAGAUUUAUUGAUGUUUCUAUGAUGCCAAUGCUAUUGCAAUUCUACAUCUUGUUGGCUUGCUUGUGCAUCCUUGACACAUGGUGCGUUCUCGU